AAUGACCUCCUGCUGCGCCUCGCCAGGGGCGAGGCCGUCGAGGAGGCGCCGGUCUGGCUCUUCCGCCAGGCGGGCCGCCACAUGGCGGAGUACAACGCCUACAAGGAAAAGACGGGCAAGCACUUCCUCCAGCUCCUCGACGACCCGCUGGACGUCGCCGAGGUGACGCUCCAGCCCCUGCGGCGCUACGGCGUCGACGCGGCCAUCCUCUUCAGCGACAUCCUCGUCGUGCCCCAGGCGCUGGACGUCCGCGUCGAGAUGCCCGGCGGCAGGGGCAUCGUCGUCCCCGAGCCGCUGACCACGGGCCCCGCGCUCCUCGAGGCGGCGAAGAAGGCGGCCGCGGACCCGGCGGCGCUCGUGGCGAAGCGGCUCAACCACGUGACGCGCGCCGUGUCGGAGAUCCGGUCCGCGCAGCUCGCGGAGGACUUGGAUCGCACGCUCCUCGGCUUCUCCGCUGCGCCGUGGACGCUCCUCUUCUACACCGUGGGCGGCUCGAGCCGGAACCAGCCGCCGGGCAUCGACUUCGCCCGGGCGAACCCGGACGAGACGCACGCCAUGCUCGAGGCCUACACGGACCUCGUGGUCGAGUACAUGUCCGCGCAGGUGGACGCGGGCGCGCACGCGCUCCAGGUCUUCGAGGCCAUGGGCAUGACGCUGGGCCGCCACGACUUCGAGGUGCUGGCCCUACCCCACCUCGAGAGCCUGGCGACGAAGCUCAAGGCGCGGCACCCGGACGUGCCGCUGCUCGUCUUCGCGCGCGGCGUCGAGGACCCCGCGGGCGUCAACGCGAAGUUGCAGAGCUUCGGCUACGACGUCAUCACCCUCGACACGGCGGCGGACCGCGCCGCGUCGCGGUCGUCCCUGGGCGCCGGCCAGGUGCUCCAGGGCAACCUCGACCCGAAGCUCCUCCUCGCGGACGGGUCCUCGGAGGCGAAGCUCCACGACGAGCUCGAGGCCAUGCUCCGCGCGCUGGGCCCGGACAAGCUCAUCGCCAACCUCGGCGAGGGCCUCAUGGGCAAGGAGGACCAGGGCCUCGUCAACGCCUUCGUCGACGACGUCCACGCGACGUCGCGGAAGCUC